CUCCAUCAAAAUGCUCAACUUACAAUAAUCUCUCCAGUUUUACCAGAAGCUCUCUUUAUGAUAGUGAAAAACACAUAAAAAUGGAAAGUGUUUUCAAACUGGGCAAUAGCCAAGACAAAAAUUUCAAAACAUACUCAAACGACAUAGUUGAUGACAUCUAUGACCAACUUCGUCAAACCUAUUCCAACCUGCACAAUUCAAGCCGCACUAAUAAAACUUUCGAAAUUCUUAGUAAAGGAAAGUUCAUACACGACAAUGACUCUGUUCCCCCUCUUAACCUCCCUGCUACUCACCCCAGUGAUUUAGUCUGUGACCAAGUAUUUCAAACUGCACUUAAGCAUUCACCUUCGCCUAUCCAACCUCCUCUGGCUAUUCCUCAGAAUGCCAAGGGUUUCUCAGUUUCAGUGGAGAGGCCCUCCAUUCUGAAACAAGUUCAAAGGGAUAAGGACAGUGGGUAAAAUGGGAGAUGAUACCCAAGAGGAAGAUAAACAGAUGCAGACUUGUAAUACAGGGUUUGGUGAAAGGGUUAGAAAACAAUUUAAAGUGCCAGAUCUUCUUCGAACACAAAGAGAAAUGAAUCCUUCACUGAAACAGAAUGUUUCAAUUGCUGACACAACGAAGAAUGAAAAUCAAAAGGAGAGUUGCAGUGGUCUCAAGCUAAAGAAUAACAAAAAUGCAAUGACCAGACUAAGAUUGAACCCUCUCCAAUCAAGAGGAAGGAAGAUAAAGUUAGAAAUAAAAAAGAGAGAAGGAGGAAGUGUUGGAAAGGUCGGAUUAGCUCAAAAAUAUUUUAUGAAGACUCUCAAAAAUAUUUCAAAUGGCAAAGGUAGAGAUAAACAUAGAAGUGAGAACGAGAGUAAUUAUUUAAAUAUAAAGUAUACCUCUUUCUUUGGAAAACAGAAUAGACAAAUUAGUCUUGGAAAAUUAAAGAACAUAAAACCAAAUCGAUUAAAUAAGUCUGUUGAUUACAUGUCAAAAAGAAGGAAUAUUAGAGAAGAGUUCAAAAUCAACACUAGCAGAGGCCUCAAAGAUCAUACAUAUCGCAACACAAUGAGACUACAAAAGACAACAAAGAAAUAAAAGAAGAGAAAUUUAUGAUAUAAUCAGAAACUGCAGAGAAGUGGAAGGAGAUGGUAAAUAAAGUGAUCAAGAAGAUUGAUUACGAACAAGACGUUACCAAUAUCUAUAACCAAGGAUGUAACAAAACUUGCGAGAUACUUCAAGAAGUAGAUUUUGCAGAAGGAAAAGUACUGGAACUACUAUUUCAAAAAAGACAAGAGGAUAUCAAUGAAGAUAUUGAUUUAGCUGAUCAAGUAGCCAAGGAAUACAGAACUGGGCAAUGGAAAUAAG